AUGGGGAGCCCGGUUUCCGCGGUUAUUGCUAACCUCUACAUGGAGGUAUUUGAAGAAUAAGCGAUAGAAUCCACAGCAUAGAAACCCAAGAUCUGGAAGCGCUACGUUGAUGACACCUUCGCAAUCUUGGAUCGCAGUUAUGUCCAUUGUUUCCUACAGCAUCUCAAAAGUCAGCAACCUACCAUCCGAUUCACCAUGAAUACUGAGAAAGACAACAAGACCACCUUUCUCGACACGUCAGGUAAGAGGAAACCAGACAGACACUUGACCACCAGUGUCAACAGAGAACCAACUCACACUGAUCAGUACUUAGCGUAUGAUUCAGACCAUCUUGAAUCAGUAAAGCACGGUAAUGUUAGGUGUUUGUUUGACCGGGCGAAGCGUCUCGUGACAAAAUCAUCAGUCAUCUCCGAGGAAAAGAAACAUUUGUCAUCAGUUCUUGUUUCCAACGGUUAUCCCUCCUCCUUUGAACAGAAGGUCACAAAAACAAGAAACUGCUCCCUAAGCAGAGAGCAUGUGACGCAGUUCAAGUCCACAGCGGUUUUGCCCUAUGUAAAAGGUGUAUCAGAGCCUCUUCGCCGU